UUCUAUUUUGUUUUCAUUCUAUUACAUGUUACUCUCGGCCAAAAUUACCGAUUUUUUCAUCUAUUUCAAGUGAUCAUCACUUUUAGUGUAAUUUGUUUAAAACUUCAUCAGAUAUGGAUGUUGUUGCAAUCCGAUUCCUUCAGUCAUGAAUGCUUCAAUCAACUAUAAACGCGGAUUUCGUAAUUUAUUAACAUUUAUGUCUGCUUAAUUUCAAUUCUAGUCCUAGCAAGAAUAAGCUUAUUUGAUACGAAUCCUUUAUGCUUCUGUCCAUGUUCCUCUUUUCUUUUUGAUUUGUGAUAAAUUUGAAAUUUAUUGCAGUUUCAUCUCGUCUCAAGUUGAUAUCCAUUUCCAGUUCAUGUAGAUCUUGAUGAGGCUUUGCUAGUUGUUUGAUUGAAAAUAUCAGAUUCUGUAGAAUUUGGUAUAUUCACAUUAGUAGAGUGGAUUAUGUUGGAAUUUGUUUAAUUCUUGUGUAGGUUUAGUUUCAUGCUUCUUAAAUGGUUCAUAUUCUCAUAUGCUGAAUUACUGUUACGAGAUUUGACAUUUGUACCAUUUGGAAAUAUUUGUUUUAAACUAUCAUGUCUCGUUUAGCGAUUAGAUCCAAAGUGCAAUUGGGCUUAUUUUUCAAUUGGAGAUUAGUUUCAAUUGUUGUUGAUUGUAGCCAUGACAGUAGUUGUUGGGAAAUUUAGAGAUAGACAUGAAACAAUCCUUGGUUAUAAUAUUAGAUCAGAUAACUUACGUAAGUUGGUCUUUGGGAUUAAUAGGAAGAGUGUUCGUCGAAUGGAAUGGAGAGGUUUGGCAAAAGUGUGUCGAUCGCUCAAAACCCAGAGAAGGUUGAAGUAAAGAAAUAGAAUUAGAUAUGUAUACAUAUUGACUUUUGGAUGUGAGAUAUAUGUUUCUUGUUGUUCUUGUUCUGAAUUCUCUUUUUGAAAGUUUAUCUGUUUAAUGGAAUUAGAUUUUGUUUUUUGCACUAUGGGACUUAAAUCAAAAGCAGAUUGGACAUGACACUGAUUGGAAUGUGAAUUAAACCAAAGGUGGGGGAUGAGACAGAUGAAGGGUGGCAGUUUAUUAAUUUCUUAAUUCCAUGCUACGUACUAUUGUUGAAAUGAGCAAAAGCAGAAAGCGCUCUUCCAAGUGGGAUUUAAAAGAGGAACAUCAAUAUUCUCUUGAAAAUGUACAAGACAGUGCUUGGUUCGCGAACGCCUGUGAUAGAGAAUCAGAACAUGGAUCCUUCUCCCCAGAGUUCGGUAGGAAUGGCAACAAGUGGUCUGCUAUUAAAUCUAAGCAUGGACUGCCUUCAAAGGAAUAUUUACAUGGAAGCAAAUGUGGUGAAAACAAUAGCGACUGUGCCACAAAUUGGAAAACUACAACUCCAUGUGACGGUGAUGAGACUUACAGCAUGAAAAAGUCUCCUACUCUUAAUGACCGGAGGCAACAAAAUUGCCACCAUUCUCUUAAAAGUGAUUGGAGCAGAAGCAGGAGUAGGAGCCGAAGUAGAAGUCGUAGUAGAAGCCCAAUUGAUGGCAUUGGGCGGCAACCGGGAUUCCUUGAGAUGACCAGAAACGGAUCUGGAGUGUCAACUCAAAUAUGUAAAAAAUUUAUGGCUGGGAGAUGCAGGAGAGGCAGUCUGUGUCAUUUUCUUCACCAAGAUAUUCAAAGCCAUGAGGAUGGUUCGGAUAAUAGGCAAAAGAGAGCUAGUGUUUCAAAAUAUAUUACUUGCAAUGAAGAUAAAUAUUACCUUAUUGAGAGUGGAAGAUCUACUGAUUGUUGUACUGAUUACCGGAAAGGUAACUGUCGCAGAGGUGCAUCGUGUAGAUCUGCUCAUGAUGGUGUUUCUGAUGGCUUCAGCAAAGGAUCAAUAAAUGAGAUAAGUAGAGAAAGGGAAAAUAAUAAGAGGAACAAACUUACAUCUCCAGAGCAAGAUGUUGAGCGUGAAGCUCGAAAAAGCAGUAGUAUACCUUGCAAGUACUUUUCUACUGGAAAUUGUCAUAAUGGAAACUAUUGUAGGUUUUCUCAUCCUGCAAGUACUGAAUGUGAUAGGGGUCAGUGGGGUCGAAGUUCUGUUAGUUCGGAUAUGUUGCUUGAUGGGGCAGAGCUGACAGAUAUAGAUGCUUCAUUCAAUGUAGACAAAUAUGGGAAUGCUUCAAACGGGAGUGAUGCUGAUGUGUCAAAUGAAUCUGAGAUACCCUGGACUGGUCCAAAAUGGAGUGCUGCUGAUGCUUCAAUUGAUCUUCACAACUCACGGGCUAGUUCAAAACAGAGUGAUAUAAGUGUCUACUUGGGGGCUUCAAAGUUGAACAAGGACACAAACGAAUUCUCUAGUUGUAACAUAGAUGAGAGAUGGCAGCAUGGAUAUGAUGCCUGUGGAAAGAACAGUGAGUCUAAUGUGCACUGUAAAAGAAUUGAUAUUGAUAAGGAGGAUCUGAAGAAGAUAGAAAAUGUUGGUGUUAAUACGGGUGUCUCUGAACCAAAAGGUGCUGAAGAGUCAAUUGUUGCUAUGGAAAUGUCCCCUAUGUGGAAUUGCAGGCUCCACUCUUCUGUCGAUAAGGAAAAGUCUCAUAGUUCAGAACCCACUCCUGUGGGCACAUCCCUACGAGCUCAUGGAAAGAAUAUAAUUGAAAAGGCCUCGGGUCAUGCACAUGAUGAGCAUGCAGCUUCACAGCUAAUGUCGAUAGAGGAAUCGAACUUUCAUCUAGACCACAUGACAAGGGGUAGCAGUUGUGCAGUAUUGCGAAGUUUUGACCAUCCUGGGCCAAGUUCAAGUUCUUUACCUUAUUCAAACUUAAACACAGUCAGACAAAGUGAACUGUCAUUCCCUUCUAAUGAAGUAAAUGUUAAAGUUCCACAAAACAACCUGCUGCUUCAAGAGGAAAAACCUAGUAACAAACUAAAUAUUGGGGAUACAAAUAUAUUACAUGGUAAUUAUGGAUUUCCGUCAACUCAGAACAUGGUAACUUUUGCAAACUCUAGAGGACCUGUUGAGUCAGGUCAAGAAAUUAUAUUCCCAGAGCAAUAUAAUCCCAGAUCUGAUAGCAUUGAUCCUGCUAAGAAGCAGGAUACAAAUACUGAGCCUUUGGGAUUUUCAGUUCAUCCUGUUAGUCAGGAAAGUACUGCAGAUGGCAAAUUAGAACUGUCGGCUAAGAAUUUUUUACCAUCAUCUCUUGUGGGUGGUAGAAAUGGUAGUGACUAUCAUAAUGAUCACAGUUCCAAAAGAGAUUCUGAUUUUGAUAGCCAUAAGCCAAAUCAGCUGGAGCCUAUUGCAAGUUUUGAGUUGACAAAGGAAAAUGGAGGAAUUGUUCAAACCAAGAAAGCUGAAGCAGAGAAUAAGAAUGGUCUAUCAGAGAACACAGAUGCAGACGAUAGGACUGAGGAGGGCAAGAAGAGCAAGGAUGUUAAAGGAGUUCGUGCAUUUAAAUUUGCACUUGUUGAGUUUGUCAAGGAUCUCCUCAAACCAACAUGGAAGGAAGGUCAAAUUGGCAAAGAGGCUUACAAAAGCAUUGUGAGGAAAGUUGUUGACAAAGUGACUGCUACAAUGCAAGGGACUAAUAUUCCUCGUACACCUGAAAAAAUUGAUCAAUAUCUGUCAUUUUCGAAACCAAAGCUUAGCAAACUUGUACAUGCAUAUGUGGAAAAGUUCCAGAAGAGCUAAAAGAAAUGGGGGAUCUUUACUGUGUAUUAUUUCCACAGCUACAUAUCAAGCUAUCAUAUAUUUCAAAAUUUACCCCAUCUUGUUAACUAGUUUCUACAGCUUCUACGAAUACUAACCUUUUCAAUUUUUGUUUAUGUGUGUUAUUCCUUUGAAGCAUGGCUAAGUAUGUAGAUAUUUACUUGUUUCUGUAUUAGAAGUUUAACAUAUGAUGUUGGCAUUUCCUUCUGCAUGUGUGAGUAUGUUAGAAGAUGGCUUACGUGCAGACCAAGGUAGUUCGAGCCAUGCAAGUUGCAGCUGAAGCAUAGGCCGCUGUUUUGUUACUUUUUAGUUGAUGUUUUGUUGCUUAGUUAUAUUAGAACUAAGUUAGUAACAUACUUGAUGUAAUUUGGUGCUGAUAGAUUUGAUAAAUCAGCUUAACCAAGUGUGCAAGCAAUGUUUUAUAAGUUUCAAGACAUUGUUAGUGGUUAGGUAGCAUUUUCAUCUUUUUGACAAGCUGAUUGCUUGAUAUAUGUAAUGCUUUUAGUUCUCAAUUGAUGAUGAAUAUUUCAGAAAA